AUGUUGUUCCAAGAGUGCUUUAACUUUUUCAAGAGAUCCAUAAGGUGUGAUUCUUCUUCUUCUUCUUCUUCUUCUUCUUCUUUUUCUUCUCCGGAUGUUGUUAAAAAGGAAUCAUGUCAAUUGAUUUUUGGUUAUGAAGUUGGGCUCCAUAAAGAAACCAAGUUUUGCACUAUCGAUGUAAAAUCCAAAAGAAUCCGCACGGUCACUGGUAUACGAGGCAAGGUUAUUCCUAAAGAGAGUGCAAGCAACAAGGUAAUUGUGAGUGAUCAAGAAGAUUCAAUGGAAGUUGGUAAUAGCUGCAACGGGUUAAUCCUGAUACUUUAUUCCAAAAAACACCUUCUUUUCGACCCUCUAUCAAACAAAAUAGUGGCGGGAACUCGCAGACUGCCUGAAUGGGGUGGCAGGUGUUGUGGGCUUUUCUACCAUCCUCUGGCUAAAGAAUACCGCCUUCUCCUAGUGAAGGAAAUAGGCGACUUUCGUAAAGAAUACCACAUUUACGAAUUCGGGUCCCAGAAGUGGAGGACAACUCUGAGUCCCUACUUUGCUUAUCGGCCCGUCACCUGCGCGCCAACGGUCACUAAAAAAGUCAUGUGUUGGUUUGAUCCUCUGAGUCCGUACACUUCCGUUCUGGUUUUCGACAUAAAUACUGAGAAUCUAUGCUCGGAGGCACUUCCCCCCACGGCUCAAAAUCUUUGUGUGCCGAAACUUGUGGCCAAAGGAGGUGAGGACUUGUGUUGUUGCUACGUGCGCUAUGCGGAGACUGUAGUGGACGUUUGGGUUCUUGUGGACUACACGGAUUGGUUAUGGGAAAGAAAGUAUGCAGUAUGCCGUGAAUUUCGAUUGGGAAAAGAAUCGGUGCCCCUCGGAAGCAUGGAGCGCCCAUGCUCCUCUUGUAACGCGUGUCACGAAAGUUGUGAGCAUUCAAGAUAA